AUGGUGAUGGUAACGGUGAUGAUGAUGAUGAUGAUGGCUGAUGGCGAUGGAGUUGAAGCGAGAGAAGUUGUAGGCGACGAAGAAGUCGACGGCGGAUAUUUAGAGUCGCGUCAGAGGACGAGUAAUAAUUUUUACCCGAGUUUUUUAUUUAAUUCGGCGAGUAAAUUAGAUCCGGUUGAAAAUAAGGUUAUUAAUUUUGUGGUACCGUUGGCGGGUAGAUUUAAAACGUUUGAAAGAUUUAUAAAUAAUUACGAGCAAGUUUGUUUGAUAACAAACGCCAAGACUGAACUUUUAGUGAUACUGUAUCCACAUAAACUUGAAGAUUCAAUAGACAAUAGGAAUAAUUUAUUUUCACGCGCAAAAGCACUCGAUCAAGCUGUUAAGCAUUUAAACAAUAACGAUUUGUUGUUUUUUAUCGAUGUUGAUAUUGUAUUUACACACGAGGCAUUGCAUCGCGUCCGUUCAAAUACUAUUAUUAAUAGAAAAAUUUAUUUUCCGAUAGUAUUUAGUCAGUACGAUCCAAAUUACGUCAAUUAUCAUUCGGCAAAUCGUAAUUCUGAUAAAUUUAGUGAGAAUAAUAAUUACAGCGAAAAUAUAUUUAUUAUCAAUGAAGUAACUGGGUACUGGCGGCAGUUUGGGUUCGGUAUUGUAUCACUCUACAAACGAGAUUAUCUUAAAACCGGUGGGUUCAAUUUAUCCAUCGAAGGAUGGGGCAAAGAGGACGUCGAUUUCUAUGAGAAAAGUGUCAAGUCCGAUCUGAUUGUCUUCCGCGCUCCAGAUAUCAAUUUAAUUCACGUUUAUCACAAAGUGACGUGCGAUGAAAAAUUGUCAAACAUCCAAAUGUCAAUGUGCAAAGGUUCUCGCUACGAGACACUGGCAAGUGCCGACACACUGACUAAAAUAAUUUGCAAUAACUCUGAUUAUUUGACUUUCGCCAGCAACAGAAUAAAUAAAUUAAAACCUGGUAAUUAA